AUGGAUUUAUUGCGUCGUCAUUUCGAAAUCCUUAGCACACACACAAACAGAGUUUGCUAUUCACCGCAAAAUCGAUUGGUCCCUUGGAGUCAGCAUUCGGUGGUGAAUUCGGCUAACAAUGUGGAGCAGGCCGGAUCUGUGGUAGCUGCGCGUUCAAAAAGUCAAAACUUGGGUUUGAUUUGCGUGGUCUGUGGAGACACCAGCUCUGGCAAACACUACGGGAUUUUAGCCUGCAAUGGUUGUUCUGGUUUCUUCAAACGAAGUGUUCGCCGGAAACUGAUCUACAGAUGUCAAGCCGGAACUGGCCGUUGCAUUGUUGACAAAGCACACAGGAAUCAAUGUCAGGCGUGCCGUCUUAAAAAGUGCCUUCAGAUGGGAAUGAAUAAGGAUGCGGUACAAAAUGAGCGACAGCCGCGAAACACAGCCACUAUUCGUCCUGAGACGCUGCGGGAGAUGGAGCACGGGCGAGCCUUGCGGGAAGCGGCCGUGGCCGUUGGAGUGUUUGGACCACCAGUCUUAUUGUCUCCGCCAUGCUAUGGCCCUGGACUGUUACCACCUCCUACAAUUUCGGGAAUUCCUACAAAUCGCCGGUUACAUCACAAUCACCUUUCAAAGGCCAUACAACUGUCGUCAAAUGUAUCGCAUGCGGGCAGUUUUUCCGUAUUUAACAAUAGUCUACAAUUUUCUAAGGAUAAUUCUUAUACGACGUCUAUGGAUCUCUCGAAUGGUACAGUCUCUGUUUCUACGAACUCAAGUAGUACGAAUUCCAUAGAUCCAAAUUCUCCCGUAUCUGAUACAGUUAUAGAUAAAAAUCCUGUGGGUGGAAGUGUUUCGUCCAUAAGCUCGAGCAGUUCAGUCCAUGAUAAUGAUAAUGAUGAUGACUCCAUUGAUGUGACCAAUGAUGAAGAACCCCUUCGAGGCGAAAAAGUGGACUGCCAUUUCACAAUACCAACAUUUGUACCCCAAAACUUGUACGUUCAGCCGCACGAAACCGUUUAUGAAACCAGUGCCCGCCUUCUUUUCAUGGCGGUAAAGUGGGCAAAGAAUUUACCAAGUUUUGCAAGCCUGUCAUUCCGCGAUCAGGUCAUUUUGUUGGAAGAAUCGUGGUCGGAUCUGUUUUUACUCAACGCUAUUCAAUGGUGUAUUCCCUUAGACCCAACCGGCUGUACUUUAUUCUCAGUUUCCGAACACUGCAACAACUAUGAUAGCAAUCCGGAUAGUGAGAACUGCGUUUCCAAGGAGGAGGUAGCUGCCAGUGUACGAACACUGCACGAAAUUUUUUACAAAUAUAAGGCAGUUUUAGUCGAUCCUGCGGAAUUUGCUUGCAUGAAGGCGAUAGUUUUAUUCCGACCCGAGACCAGAGGGCUUAAGGAUCCCGUGCAAAUAGAAAACCUUCAAGAUCAAGCGCAUGUGAUGCUGUCUCAACAUACCAAAUCACAGUUUCUUACCCAAAUCGCCCGAUUCGGUCGUCUCCUUCUGAUACUGCCCCUUCUACGAACUGUGAACUCGCAUAAAAUCGAAUUAAUCUAUUUUCAACGUACAAUUGGAAAUACACCAAUGGAGAAAGUGCUUUGCGAUAUGUAUAAGAACUGA